AUGUCUGACGAAGAUCUAGCUUUAACUGUAGCUCAGAGUCCUUUUAUUAUGGAUAGAAUUCGUUCGUCAUAUCCAUUAACAGCCAAUUCUUUAGAUGUCAAUCGUGAGGCAACAUUGAAUAUGCUACAGGCUAAAGGUGCAUUGCAGAUUGCUCAGAUUAAUAAACAUUUUUCAGUACUACAUACUGGUUACGAUGAUGGUGUUAAAGUUUGGACAGAUUAUAGCCGAGAAAUAGAAUUGUAUGUUGAUAAUAUUAUAAUGAAAACAGUACCAAAAUAUCGUGGCGUACUGCACGAAGCUAGAAAUAAACUAGCCAAUUACAUUCAUCAAGAAUAUUUUAACCGUUUUCCAAGAUGGCCUGCAGUAGGAGUUACUCAAUCCGAUUAUAUCGAACUAUUAACUAAAGAUCAUUAUACUUAUGGUGCAAAUGAUAUAGUUUGGUCGUGCGAAGGUAUAAUCAAAGUCGAAGAUAAACGACCAAAUGCUAGCACUUUUCAGUGUUAUUUCUAUGGCACACCUGAUAUAAAAGUUUUGUUACUUGAUAAUGAUAAAUGCAAGCAAGUUGAACGUAUGUUACAAAAUGGAGAAUUAAAAAUUGGCAUAUUAUAA